GCUAUCAAUAGUUCGUUGGAUUCGUGACAAUUUUUUUCUUCUCUUCUUAUUUCAACAAAAAGAAAUCAGAAAGUUUCCAACAUUUUGUACCAAAUGUUGAUAAAGUUCUAAGCAGAACAUUUAAAUUCUUGGCUCAUAUCUUUCGGUGUGAAUGAGAUUUUGCAGCCAUUCGACAAGUGAUAAUGAAAGAACUCGAUCAAAGCAAAAUUGUCAAGUGAAAUUUUUAUUAAACUUUUUAAAAGCGGCAAAGCACCGAAGAAGAGUUCGAAUCAAAAGUUUUUGGUGAUUAUUGAGGGAACUCUUAAAGUUACAAAUGGCAACCGAAGUUACGCCGCUUUUAGUGAAGCACAUUGACGAGAUUGUUGUUGUUAUUCCAAAGGAAAAGAUCAUCGAAUAUGAUGACGAAAACAACAGCAAUGAAGUUCAAUCAACAUUAACAUAUGAAGAACUGAUUCCUUUCAUUCUUGAUCCAAGUUGGAUACGCUUGAGAAGAAUUUGUUUUUCAUCAUUCUGGAUUUUUUUCUUUGUAAUCUUACUAGCUGCUUGCAUCAGCUCGUACAUGUCAAUGUCUACAAUGACAUGCGGUAUGACAUCGAUAGUGACGAAAGCUGAUAACACAAGUAUAGAGCAUGACAAUGUUAUGAAUGUUCAAGGAAUCUUAUCGAGUCCUUUCAACGAUACACCCUGAAACCAAAUAAAACUUAAGCAAACUUCAUUAUAAGAAUAAUUAAUUAAUUUAUGAAUAUUUUUUAUUAUUUUUAUUCAAUCAUGUGUAAGAAUAUCAUGAAAUAAAAAUUAGAAUAAGAUCAAAUUAAUUUUUUAUUACAUUUGCUUUUGAUUGAUCGCUUGGAAUUUCAA